CGGGGCCGGGACCCCGGAGCGCGGGCCGGGAGCUCCCUCUGCGGGAGCGCGGCGGCGGCGCCCCUCCUUUCCCCUCCACGUCACGGGGGCCGCUCGGCGCUCUCCCACCCCCGGCGGAGGGAGAGCAAGUCCUUGGCAGGGCGCGCCGCCGAGGUGGCGGAGGAGGCGGGAGCCAGCGGCGGCAGCAGAGGGGCCGGGAGCCGGAGCGCAGCCGAGGCCCCCUCCGGGACGACCUCUGCAGCCGAGGGGACCCCGCUUCGGGGCUGCCCGCUCUCUUUCAAUGAAGAUAUUCAGAUGUUGUAUUAAAUACCCCCUGCAGCAGAAAGUCUUCAUCCUGUUUUUAACCCUGUGGCUGUUCUCCUUGUUGAAGCUUCUAAAUGUAGGAAGACUCCUCUUCCCUCAGAGAGGCAUUUACCUGGUGGAGCACUUCCUCAGCACCUCCCCUUUUGUAAGGAACAGAUACACCCAUGUUAACAACGAAAUCCGGUAUAAAGUUAACUGUUCGGGUGUCUAUGAACAGGAGCCUCUGGAAAUUGGCAAGACUCUGGAAAUUAGAAGAAGAGACAUCAUCGACUUGGAUGAUGAUGACGUUGUGGCAAUGACCAGCAAUUGUGACGUUUACCAGAUCCUAAGAAGGUACCAUCAAAAGCUCGUUUCAAGGGAAGAGAGAAGCUUCCCAAUAGCCUAUUCUUUGGUGGUUCACAAAGAUGCAAUUAUGGUUGAAAGGCUAAUCCAUGCGAUAUACAACCAGCACAAUAUUUACUGCAUCCAUUAUGACCGUACGUCACCCGACACCUUCAAAGUCGCCAUGAACAAUUUAGCUAAGUGCUUCUCCAAUAUUUUCAUUGCUUCCAAAUUAGAGACUGUGCAUUAUGCCCACAUUUCCAGACUCCAAGCUGAUUUAAAUUGCUUGUCAGACCUUCUCAAGUCUUCAGUUCAAUGGAAAUAUGUUAUCAACCUGUGUGGGCAAGACUUUCCUUUGAAGUCAAACUUUGAAUUAGUGUCAGAGUUGAAGAAACUCAAUGGAGCAAAUAUGUUAGAGACAGUGAAACCCCCUAACAGUAAAACGGAAAGAUUCACUUAUCACCAUGAGCUCAGACAGCUGCCUUAUGAAUAUGUGAAGCUACCAGUAAGGACAAACAUCUCCAAAGAGGCACCCCCUCAUAACAUUGAGAUAUUUGUUGGCAGUGCUUACUUUGUUUUAAGUCGAGCAUUUGUUAAAUAUGUUUUCAACAACUCCCUCGUUAAAGACUUCUUUGCCUGGUCUGAAGACACCUACUCGCCUGAUGAGCAUUUUUGGGCUACCUUAAUUCGGGUGCCAGGAAUCCCUGGGGAGAUUUCUCGGUCAGCCGAGGAUGUGUCUGACCUACAGAGCAAGACCCGCCUUGUCAAAUGGAAUUAUCACGAAGGCCUUUUCUAUCCCAGUUGUACUGGUUCUCACCGCCGAAGUGUGUGUAUCUAUGGAGCAGCAGAAUUGAGGUGGCUUAUCAAAGAUGGACAUUGGUUUGCUAAUAAAUUUGAUUCUAAGGUGGACCCUGUCUUGAUUAAAUGCUUGGCAGAAAAGCUUGAAGAACAACAGAGAGAGUGGAUCAAUUUGUCUUCAGAAAAGUUAUUUAUGGAUUAAAAAUCCCACAAUCUCAUCAUGAUAAAAUCAUGAUGGAAAUAAGGCAUCUGAUAAAUGGAGUUAAUAUGGAGUUGUAUACUAUCCCAAAUCCAGUACCAUAUGAGCUUAACUUUCUAAUUGUUUGAAAGGGAUCUAAAAUUCCAUGCACAAGGGAAAGUGACUUGGCCUUUGGUGACAACUAGCCUGCAGUUGGUUGAGUACUUUUGUUUGUUUCUUUAAAAAAACAAAGUUUUUUUUUAAUUGAUUUCAGAGAGGAAGGGAAAGGGAGAGAAACAUCAGUGAUGAGAGAGAAUCAUUGAUUGGCUGCCUCCUGCAUGCCCCCUACUGGGGAUCGAGCCUGCAACCCGGGCAUGUGCCCUGACCAGGAAUGGAAUCACGACCUCCUGGUUCAUAGGUCAACUCUCAACCACUGAGCCACACCAGCUGGGCCUGUUUGUUUCUGCCUGUAAUUUCACUGAGAUAAAUCAGAGUUCUUAAACAGCCAUCAGAUAUUUAUUGAUCUCCUACUGUAUGCCAGACAAUUUUUUAGAAAUGUGUAGCAAUUAAGUCCAAGUUUUAAUGACUUAUACAAUGCUCUCAAGGGAAUGUCUUUCCCUACUCACACAGCAACCUUAAUAUCUUAAGUUCGCCACGUAACAACCUGGAUCCUGCUGAGUAAGUUUUAGAGUGUGGUGAUCACCCAUAUAAACCUCCCAUUUCAGAAUAGCAUUUAAGUACAGUGACCAAUAUUCCACUUGUCUCUUAAUUCAACUCAUUCAACUUUUUCUAACCAUUAGAAUAUUAGAAGGAGAGACUUCACUACCUCAGAAGAGCUCAAAAAAUCGUCCAAUUUCCUGCUUGCCAAAGCAUAAUUUACCUUUUGGUGCCUCACUCAUUCAAUUCAGGGUCGGGAGACUCUGUGGGUGUGGCAUUUAUAGUGUCUGAAUGUUGGGGAGGUGUGUGGGGUAAGUAGGGGGAUUGAGACAUGUGGUAUCUGAAGAGGAACA